AUGAAGUAUGAUCAAGUAUCCCAUUGUCAGAGGAGAAUAAUCAACGGUAGUGAAGUUUCUGAAGACAAAACGUAUGUGGUAUAUUUAGUAAAAGCACCAUUAUCGAAGAAAAUCUACGACUCAUGGCUUUGUGGUGGAGCAUUAGUUUCCAAAGAGUUUAUUAUAACAUCAGCUGCUUGUGUUGAAGAUGUAGACUAUCUGUAUGCCAUAGCAGGUUACAGGAAGUAUGUCAAGGACAAGUUUAUUGAAUACGAUGACUGCACCAAGACUAUGAAGAAAAAAGUUAUAUACACUUGCGUGCCGGUAGCGUACGAAUUUUCCUACGAUGAAAUAGAAAAGUGGUCGUACAUAGAUAUUGCAUUGGUCAAAGUGGAGUCACCUUACAAUUUGUUCGACGCAAGAUUCCAGAUAAUGUGCUCAUAUAUACCGACUAUAGCACGCAUUAAUUUUGACCCUAAACAUCAAGUGCCUGGUACAGAAGGUAUGGUGCUUGGUUGGGGGCACACAGAAAUGUGGCGAGAGCAUGGUGACAAAGUCAACUAUAACCAAGAAAUGCUCCGUUAUACAGCAACACUGCUAAUGGAUAAAAACCUAUGCAAGGAACACUAUAAGGACUAUCCGGAAUUACUAAAAACUAUUGAUAAGUAUAUGUUAUGUUCAUUGGAUGCCGGCCACAUGAACGAUAAGGGAGAAAUUGUAUCGCAAAAUCAUACAUUGGUUGAUGGCUGCAUUACACAAAACGAUAAACUGAUGGGCAUAGAAGGUGAAGUGUGUCAAAUGGAAACAAAAAGGGAUCCGAUUCUCGUAGACUAUAUAAACUACCCUAAAGAUGAGACACGUAAACGCAUGAGCACAAAUGACACGAUUGAAGAUGAAGAUAUAAAAAAUAGUAGCUCUAAUGAAAGUCUGACAGAAGAAACGCUACGGAAUAUCAAUUUUAAUGAAACGUUUGUUAAGAAAAACAUGGAAUACAGAAUAAGUCGGAGAAAUGGAAUAUGCCAGAAUGACCACGGUGGUCCACUCAUAGGUUGGAUCGGCAAACGAGAGGUAGUGAUUGGUAUUGCCUCAGUAUUUAAAAUUGAUGAAGAAAACAGAUGUGUUGGACCAUAUUUGUACACAAGUACAGUGUGUAACAGCGCUUUUUUACAUUGUACCUUACAUGAAGAGCCUCCGAGGGUUCCGAUUCCUAAAAAGACAGAAACUCCAGCUGAUAGAAGAGCAUUUUGUAACAGUCCUCCAAGCGUGAGGGGAUAUGAUACAAUUGAAAGAUUCGUGUCGUGGAAAGAUCAUCCCUCUGGGCCAGCAGACAAUGAAAAGGCAUUGCUGCGUUCUAAGCCUGUAAGAAAAGAAGAUAAGUUUGCAACACGUGUUGAAUCGGACAAAAAUUCAAAUGAGAAUGAUAAUCCUUUACGUGACAGAAAUACGCAACAAGUCAGCUUCCCGAAAGGUUUCAGUGGAAAAUAUAAAGCUCAGGCCAGUUUUUUGGCGCUAAUGAAACAAACACAGAAAUCAUCAGAAACAAAAACGGAGUCUUCCGAGGAAAAAGAAAUUGAAGAACCAUUAAAUUCUUCAUCGGAAGAGGUUGGAUCUAGUACGGGUACCUCGCAAACAACGAAUAAUCCUAUGGAUACAGAUCCAUCACCGAACAUAGAGUCUUCAUCGAACUUAGGUCCACCGCCAGAACUUCAAACAAAUUUGGGUCCUCCACAGCAAAUGAGACCUAACAUAGAGCUUGCAUCACAAAUGAAACCUUCGAAUUUACAGUCUCUACCAGAAAUAAGACCUUUAUAUCCAGAAAUGGGAUUGUCAUCGCAGAUUGUAUCACCAUCAGAAAUAAGACAAAAUUCGUGGCAGUCACAAAGUUUGGGAACCUCACAAAACCCAGAAUCUCCACCAAUCGUCGGGCCUCCAUUAAAUUUGGAUCCUUCACCGAAUAGCCCGUUACAAAAUCUAGGGUAUCCACAAAACCAGAGACUACCACAAUAUCUAGGGUCCCAACAAAAUCUGGGACCUCCACAAAACCUGGGGACUCUACAAAACCUAGGGCCUCCACAAAACCUAGGGCGUCCAACAAACCUUGGGCUUAUCCAGAACCAGAAGUUUUCACAAAAUCUAGGGCUUCCACAAAACCUGGGGCGUCCACAAAACCUUGGACCUCCCCAAAACCUGGGGCUUCCACAAAACCUAGUGCCUCCUCAAAACCUGGGCACUUUACAAAAUUUUGGGCCUCCCAAAAACUUAGGGCCUCCACAAGACUUAGGGCCUCCACGAAACCUAUGGACUCCACAAAAUCUGAGUCCUCCAAAAAAUGUGGGAUAUCCACAAAAUCCAGGGCGCCCACCAAACUUGAAUCGCCCACAUAACCUAGGGUAUCCAUACCAAGCGUUUCAACAAAAUUCGGGACCUAUAUCAAAUCUGGGACCAUCACCAAACUCAGGGAUUCAACAAAAUGUGGUUCCUCCAUCAAACCAGAAAUUUCAACAAAAUCUGGGGUCUCCACAAAACUUUAGACCUCCACAAAAUAUGGGAGUUUCGUUAAACUUACGACCUACUUCAAAUUUAGGACCACUGUCAAACUUUAAUCCUAUACUGAAUUCGGCACCCUCGUCUUACUCUGAACUACUGAAGAGUUUUGAUUCUCAAACGAAUUUAGGACCUUCUGUAAACAUGGGAUCUUCGUUAAAUUUUAAGACGGCACUAAACCAGGAUCCUUCGAGUGUUGGGAUACCAAAUAUGAGAAGUCCUACCUUUGAACCUCCGUCACAUACUGGUGCUCCGCCAAGAGUAGGACUUAACACAAACUCGUCACCAAAUCUGAAAAACACGGCUUACGACAAGAGUUUAAUAAGUAACCCAGUAGCAACACAAAAUGCAGAGAAAAAACAAAACCAACCGACCAGUCAGAAAGAUACAAAUGUUUUCGAGAAUUUCAAAAUGCGACCUCAAAAACCAAUCCGUAGUAAAUAAA